AACAGUUAUAAUAACUUAUUGUUAAAAGUAUUGUAAAUAUAUUUUUUUUGUUGCAUUCAAUAUAACCACAAAAAAAACAAUCAUUGAUUUAGUAAUAGUUAUGAUAUUAAAGUCAAUUACAACUAUAGUAUGACAACAACAAUGAAGACAAUAUCAGUUAAGUUGACCGACAUUUGGAUGGACUGUCAGAAAGAGAUGAUUGAUUUGCAACAAGAAGUCCGGUCACUGAAAUCAUGUCUGAAAACUGCGGAUCAGAUCCGAAAAUAUCUGGAAAAAUGUAACGAAACGCUGGUAACGAUCAUCGAGUUAUGCCAAUUGGAUACCAGUAGUAGUAGUAGUAGUCGUCGAUGUCCUGAUCGACGAUUUCAACAAUUGAUUGGAUCAGUUAAACAGUUGGAAGAAUGUAUUGAACAAGAAAAACAAUCCCUGAAGACAUUUGUUGAUAGAGAUCGACAGGAAUUCAAUGUGAAGACAACGGAUAGACUGAAUCGUGAGUGGAAUCACUGUAAGAAACUGAAGAAAUCGAUUGUUUUAACGUAUGAUAAGUCCGUUCAGACGAUCAAAGAGGAAGAAGAGAUGGUCGAAGAAAAUUCAAACAAACAGUUGUUGUUGACAUCACCGUCCGGAUGGUCAUCGGUAGUCAUAACAGUGCCGACAGUUUCAGGUGAUAAACAAUUUGAUGGCAAUUAUCAAACAGUUGACAACAGUUUGACUGAUAGUAAAUCUGAAGUAAAAAAUGAUGUUAUAAUCGAUGAAGAAAUGAUAAGUUGUUCGCCGAUUGCCGGCACCAGUGAUAAUGACUUUGACGACGCCGCCGAUAGCGAUGAUACUGAUGUCGAUGAUGAUGUUGAAGACAUUGAUCUGAUCAGUGAUAGUGACAAUGAUUAUAUGGUGUCGCCGUCAAAGAAGCGAAAACGAAGGUCACCGAAGAAAACCGGAAAACCGAAACCGACUGAGAAAUCGUUGAAAAAAAAGGAAAGAAUGAACAAUCGGGUGCUGCCGUUGUUGGUCGACGACCAAUACGUUUGCGAUUAUCACGGCUGUCAGUAUACUAGUAGCAAGAAAUCAGAGAUGUAUAAGCAUUUGAAUCGACAUAAGAUUGAAGACAAACAAUCAGUGAAUCCGUUUGAUCGGCAACAUCGGGAAGAGUUGGCCCGAAUACGUAACAUUUGCGACGAAUAUCGAGUGGACAAACUGUUUGUCUGCCGGGAGAUUGGCUGCCAGUUUAGCCACAAAGUUAUCCGACAUUUUUAUAGUCAUCUGCGAAAACAUGAACGACUCAAGAAUUUAGUCAAACCAAUGGAUAGUAUUAAGGGUUUUGGGUUCAAAAUUUCCGACCGAAUAAUCAAUCAAAUUGUCGAAAAGUAUCAAAUCGGCGACCAAUAUGUCUGCUUUCGCGAGGGAUGUCAAUUUGUGGCCACAAUCGCCGAACGCCAAGAGUUCUAUCUUCAUCAUCGAUCCCACGAUAAACUGGUCGAACCGAUAGCCACUGAUAACCCCCAGCGACCGUACGGUUGUCCUGAGUGUUCAGUAACAUGGGAUAAACUAUGUGGUUUCAUGCGUCACGUACGCGAUAUACAUUCAAAACUACCGUUCGUAUGCCGUCGGGACAAUUGUGGCCAUAGGCUGAAAAAUUUCAAACAACUAGUCGCCCAUCUGAAUGUUGUCCACGAAAACAAACGUAAUUAUGUAUGCGAUUGGCCUGGAUGUGAGUACAGGGGGGCACAGGUAUCGCAUCUGAAACAGCAUCGAUUGCACCACUCGGAUACUAAAGGACUGGCCUGCGAGUGGCCGGGCUGUCAGUAUCGGUGCAAAUUGCAGUGGGCUAUGGUUGUCCACAGGCGUACACAUACCCGUGAGAAACCGUACGCAUGCGAUUGGCCCGGCUGUACCUAUAGUGCGGCCGUACACUGCGCCCUGAAGAUACAUAAGCGCCGACAUACCGGCGAAAAGCCGUACGUUUGCGGUUACGACGGUUGCGACAAACGAUUUUCAUCGAUGCCCGGUCUGAACGCUCACCGAAAACAACACAAAAUACCGGUUAAAUGAUGUGAAUAUUUCGGUUAAAUUAACUGAAAUAUUAUACCGU